CCACGCCUCGCGCCAGGCUCGGGUCUGCUGCUGCGCGUCUCUGGCACCACAGCGCGACCACACAGUACCAUUGGUUUGCCAACACGCCACGCACACACUAAUAGCAAGGAAAAUCAAGGAGGGGUAACAUGUAGGAGGCAUUUCUAGGCAUGACUGGUGUAAACAACACCGUCAUGGUAACUGUUACUCAGGUGAGUGAGCACCCCCCCUGCUCCCUGCACGCCCCACCCCCGCUCCGCCCCCGCCCUGAUGAGGUUCGCAUAGCCUAUCUGUCUGGAUCAGCACCACUGAUACACGUUAUCUCAGACAAUGCCAUGAUGCUCCCGGUACAGCCCUCCGCGAUAGUGUUCUCUUGGCGGCGCCCCGCGACACAGUCACCGCGGCAGCAUGGGGAAGGCGGUAGCGUGGGUGGUGGCGGCGGUAGUGCUGUGCGUCGCGGGGCGGGGGGCGGGGUUUCGCCUGCUGGUGCAUCCCAGCGGGCAGUGGAAAGUGCCUGAGGACACGCUGCACAACCUAACGGUGUCCCUCAGCCUCAACGCCAGCGAGGCGGAGUGGGCGCUGCAGGGCGAGGCGGGGGCUGUGGUGGAGGUGGUGGCCUUGCACCGCGACUCGUGGCGGCUGGACUGGCAGAUUCGCGCGGCGCAAUUCUCCCCGCAGGAGGCCGCGGAGGGCGUGAACAAGACCCUCACCUUCUCAGGCUACUACUGGGGCAGGACGCACGUGGGCCUGUUCCUCACCCGCAACGACCUGCACCUCACACCCGAGGCGCCCCCGCAGCAGGACUGGAGCCCGCACGACGCCUGGGGCGACCUGCACGUGGCCCUGGGGGAUGCAAACACCACCGUGGGCGACCUGCAGCCCAACGUCAACCUCACCCUGCUCAACGAGAUAGAAAUCACCGUGGACCGUUCAGUGCACGUGUUCGAGACGGUGUUCAUCGCCCUGGGCUCCUGCUUCUUGCUGAUCAACAACAUCAACAUGGGGGCCCAGCUGGACCUGCGCGUCAUCCGGGACGUGCUGCGGCGCCCCCUGGGUCCCAUCUGCGGUUUCAUCUCCCAGUUUGCCUUCAUGCCGUUGUCAACUUUCGCGAUGGGUUACUUCUUCUUCACGGACCCGCUUUACCGCCUGGGCAUCUUUACGCUAGGCUGCAGUCCCGGGGGCAUGAUGUCUAACUUCUGGACACUCAUGUUUGGUGGGGACAUCAACCUCUCUAUCACCAUGACCGCCGUGUCAACCGUGGCUGCAAUGGGAAUGAUGCCUUUCUGGAUGUUUACCCUGGGGCAGAAGCUUACCCAAGGGGCGUCCAUGCAGGUGCCCUACGGUAACCUGGUGAUUUCGCUUAUCAGCCUCACGGUGCCUAUUGGGAUGGGUGUGGGCCUGAGGGCGUGGAGGCCGAAGUGGGCGGACAAGGGCGCGAAGAUAAUCAAACCCUUUACUCUGGUGGUGAUUCUGCUCUUCAUGUCGUUCUGGUUCUACAGCUCGUACAAGGUGUUCGCCAUGAUGAACUGGCAGAUGGCCGUGGCGGGCUUCCUGGUGGCGGGCCUGGGCUUCGGGCUGGGCGCCACCCUCGCCAUGGCCUUCUGUCUGCCAAGGACGCAGGUCAUUGCCAUAUCCAUCGAGACGGCCUUCCAAAAUGGCGGUGUGGUCUUCAUCUUGCUCAAACUCUCCCUCCCCAGCCCCGACAGUGACCUAGCGGCGCUUCCAGCAAUGGCCACAAUGCUCCAGAUAGGGCCGCCCAUGAUCCUCUUCUACGCAGUGCUUACACUCCUGCGACGCUACUGCGGCUGCUGCCCUGUCAAGGUGGACCAGGAGAAGGCGGUCCCGGCGGAUGAGAAGCACAUGGAGGCGGCGGAGAGCGAGAGAGAUCCAGGCGUUUCUCUCCAAGUCAGACAAGAAUAUUUUCACGGACUCCGUCAUUAAGGAAAACGAGAAGCAGUACGGUCUGGUGCUGCAAGGGAUGACUAAGUUAAAACUGGCGAGUGACAUGAAGGAAACGAAUAUAAUACGAGUAUAGCAAAGUGUUCUCUUUU